GUUAUGGCGGCUGUUUAGAACAAGAACCGACACGAUGUGAGAGAAUAACAUUGGGAUUUAAUGCCCAUUUCUGAGAAAAGGGAAAGAUGGAUAUCAAACUUGAGGUAUUAGCCUCAAGUAGCAUAAAGCGUAAUAAGCCUUGGCCUAAAAUACAAUGGAUUGGACAGGAGCACGAGAGUUUGUUUAUGCUAGAUAAUGAGUUCCACAGAAUCAGUGUACUCUAUGUACCAUCAGGAAAAACAAAGAAGAAAGUACCAAGAUUGUCUACAUUAGUGGACAGCACAAUAUGUGUUGGAACUACAAGAGAUGGGGCUUAUUUGAUUGGACUGACUCACCAUGGUGACAUAUUCUUUUGGCACAAAGACAGAGACAUUCUCAAGACCAUCCGUGGCCUUGCUGGCAUAGUUUCAUCUGAGGAACUUCAACAAGAGCCAUGCAGACUGUUUGCCUCAGUAGACUGUCAGUACUUUCUACUAGUCAUUGGAACACAGAAUGUUUUUGUCUGGAAGACCGAACAGAGUGAAGAUAUCUUGGAGUCCAAACUUCCAGAAGUCCAGGGGUCAUGGAACAAAGUUGCUAUUCCAAACAACAUAGAUAUUCCAGCAUCUUGUCUAGAAUGUGCUGAGUGUUCUAUAGAUGCUGUGUUUUUUAACCAUGAGAGUCUGGGGAACUGCUGUCAGAUGUCAGUGGUGUAUAAUAAGGAACAGAGCCUGUGUAUCGUCUCCCUUCUGCUGCGGUUUGGUACAGCUGCUGAUUUCUACUCCAGCAAGUCAGCACCAUUCCAGGUGGAAUGGACUGUGAUCCAGUACCCUUUCAAACACAUCCAUCCCUCAUAUGAGCCAAUUCAGUCCAGAGGAGCUUAUGUCAACUGUUAUGCUAACAAUGGUCAGGUAGUGGCGGUAGCAGCUAACCAGAACACACCAGGCCACAGUAGCAUGUUGUUUGUAUCUCCCCUCACAGACACUGUCAUGGUGUCCGAGAUGAAGGGAUGUGGGGUCAGAGAUCGUUAUUCUAAGAUGGGAAGUAUGUACUGGUUACGUGAGAUGACUUGGACCUAUGAUGACUUGUUCCUAGCCUGUAUUAUGAAUAGUGGUGGUGUGUGCCUCCUCAGUCGACUUGGGGAGCCAAUGUUCAUCAGGACUUUUGGACAAUCCAUAGAAUUAGGCCCUGCCAACUUUCUCCCUCUUCAUCCAUGUCAAUAUAUCAGCAAGAGAGAUGAUCCACAGUCUUCACCCAUCCACCAGCCAAACACAAACGAUGAUCCAAUGAGACAGAGAUUUUCUGUUUCUACACAUCCCAGUCUUCCCAUAAUCCUCUUUUCUGAUGGUUUCAUGGUAACCAUAGCUCAGCUGCCAACAGACAUGACCUGUUUGACAUUGAUGAGAGAUUUUGUCCUGUUUUCCUCCAAACAUUUGAAGAACAUGGCAAACAACGAGAAUCUGGCUCUGACACUGGCAGAUGCAUAUGGAAUGCCGUCUGCUAGAGAAGAGAAAUCAGCUAGAUCUGUCAGAGACAGAAAGAAGAUUCAGUUUGAAGUGCCAGAUGGAAACUUGAACACAACACAGGAGAGUGAGACCAGCUUCUUGGAUGAUCAGCAGGAUAUGUUUCAAGGCCUCACCGCAGGAAAGAUUGCAUUUGCAGAGACAGAAAUACCCGUGAUAGAUCCUACAGACUUGUCUGGACUAGACCAACUCAGCACCAUGUCCAAACAACUGGACAUUGCUGAGAACUGUCUGUUUAGUGCUUGGAAACUGACAGUAUCUUAUUAUGAACCAUGGACAGCAGACACUGAAAGUGUAGCAAAAAUCAUAUGUAAAAAUCUCACAAAACUGUUUGCAGUGCUUUUGGAAUGUCCAGGUGUGGAAAAAGUUCUAAUGGAGUAUCGUAAAGUUUCUCCGUCUGCUCAGAAUCCACGCCUCUCCACUCUAAUUAAUAUGUACAGAAAGUGUAUGGAACUGUUGCGAUUUGACAUAAUCAACCAACAUUUGAUGCCAGUUACGCUCCGAUUCAGUCACCACACACUGAACCUGGUGUUAAACAGCAGUGAGCUACAGAUAACAGAUCCUCGAUUAAAAACUCUGUCUGGGUGUUAUGCCUUGAUGAAGUUUACAGAGACGAUUCUUAAUCGUGUCUACAUCUGGGUGCCCAAGGAUGUCGUGUGUAGUGGCCUACCUCCAGAGUCGAGGAAUGAACAAAAACACACUUACGAACCAGCAAUCUUAGUGAAGUCCCAGCUGUCACCACGUUCUGUUGGCAAGGAGAUCCGGACAAGGAGCCAAUCAGAAAACACUAGGGGCGUGGUAUUGGACCAACAGUCACAACUUCCCGGCAGAAGGUUGUGUGCUAGCUGGAAGUUACUGUACAAGGCUAUGGUUCAGCACCACACACAGCUCCAGGGUACAGCUGGCCAGCAGAAACAGGCUGAACAGCUCGGGGGACUCAUCUAUACCAUCCAACAGACCAUCCAGGAUGUUGAGGGGGAAUUCGUAAAACCCCCAACCCCCAGGGUCAAUCAGGGAGACAGACUGAGUAUGGAUGGUGAACACACUAUGGCUAUAGAAGCGUGGAUAGCUCAGCUAUCGAAGAUGUCAGACCACCCGGAGGAUGUCCAACAGAUGAGUCGAAUUCUGCACUCUGUUUUGUAUACCUACAUCAUUAAGGGACAGCUGGCCAGAGGCCUGGACUUUGUGGACAGUCUAGUGAUUCAGGCCAAAGUGAGCACAUCUGUAUCUGAGCAGGAUGACCACUCUCUUAUGAUGACCAUUGUCACUCAUUCUCUCAAGAAGUCCCUAGAAGGAAACCAGAUGGUGCCUUGUAUACGUAAUCGCUGUAUCAGACAGUUGGUACAGACCAUGGCCAGGUUUAUGGCUGCCUACUUCAGUAACCAGACCAUCUAUGUGUUCCCUCCCCACAACCCUCAGUCCCUGCCUGUAAUGCAUAUGGGGCCUGUACAACUCAGUAACAGAAUCCUUCCUAAGUACCAUGAAGACAUCACCAACUUGGUGCGACAGGAGGGACUGAGUCAGACCUGGACCACAGAGAGGGUGGUGGAGUACCUCCUCCUCAGCGGCCUUGUGUGUGAGGCUGUCUGGUUUGCUGACAAGAUGGGGGAUUGGAAGGCAGCUUUCCUGCUCUCUGUGGCCUGUACUACCCAUCACUUAGUGUCUCCAAGGCUUUACAAGAAAAAGAAGAGGCCCCUGAUGCUGCCAGAGGAGCUCAGUCCCACUGCCAUACUACAGGGCAAGCUCGAGGCCCUGAUCCACCUUGACAAACGCAAGACCGGAGCUACUGUUAAACAGGAGGAAAAACGAGACUUCAUCCCCAUUGAUAACGAGACCAACCUUGUGCAGCUGACACGGACAGUUGAGGAUAUACUGACUGCUGGGAUCAUCAGUAAUGUAGAGACAGUGCCAUGGCUGUUGUCCAGUCUGGUGGACAGACUCAAACAUGUGGUGUCGAACUUCUCUCCGCUGGUACCCAAAGAUUUCUACCUGCCUGCCCCUCCUGUGUAUUGUCCACAGCCCUCUGAGACAGAAAAGGAGACUGGAGGUUCCCACGAAGCUCAGCGAGAGAAGCGACUACGUUUUCAAAUCUCAUCAUUGGUACAGCUGAUUCUGGUGAUUAUGGAAGCAUCUCAUGUUUCUCUUCCAGCGGCUCGCUGGUACAUACAGGAAUUGUCUAAAGCUCAGACCAAGGCUCAACAAUUCAAGGCAACAACUGAGGGACCCUGUCUGGAACUCCCUGAGGUUUUAGAACAGUAUAAACAAAAAAAGUCUGGAUUCAGUAAGAUGCAGAAAGAAAGAUCUGUGCGGCAGGUUGUCAACAGUUUCCGUGAUUUCUGUACCAUUCUGUGGCUGCUGCAUUCUCGCGACAGAAUGUCCAAGCUCCUGCGACAGCGAGAGGAACGUAUGAAUGAUGUCAAAUACGAGGAUUAUAUGAGGGAAAGCUGGGAAUCUAAAGAAGGGGAGAGUUGGGUGAAAGAUUGCUUCAGUAACCUACAGUGGGCUGUCCACAUGGCCGCAUUCAGUCGAUUCUUGCCAGACGAGGGAUGUGUGUACAAAAUCAUGCUCUCCCUCCUCUUCGAACUCCCUGCGAAUGAAGACACAGCUGACAUACUAGCAGAGUUCUUUUACGAUCCUGACAAUUUGGAUGCUGAAGUUCAGGAAAAACUGGACAAGUUACUUGCUGUGUGGCAGGGUGUGUUUAUAGAGCCUGAAGAUGAUGGAAAGUCUGCAAGGCCAGACACUUCCAUUGAUAACAAUGAUGACGAUAAUGAAGGAAGGAAGUCGGUUACAUUCUUACAAGUGUCACCAAGGGGGAAAAUUCUGUCAGUAUAUUUCUUCAAACAGUGUGAAGUUGUCAUGAAAGUGAUGAAAAAGAAAUCUAAAAUCUUUGGUAAGUUUGAAGAAUUUGUUUAUGACCGGUCUGGCAAAAUUAAUAAAACAGACAGUUUGAAAGGAAACGGCCACAAAAGUAAGAAUGGAUACCAUAUAGGAUGUAGACCUUUUGAAACUAAGACAUCUUACCUGGAGUUUUUAGACAGUUUCUUUGACAUCUCGUUUACAAAGAUCCUGGACACUGAUACUGAUCAACACAAAUCCUUACCCUUAUUAUUGCCGUUCUCAGAAGAAAUAUGUGCCAGACAGUUUCAUGACAUGGAUGUGAAAUCAGGGACAACGAUGCACAGUCGCCAAUGCUUGGUUCCCAUGACGCCUCCUCACAGAGCUGUCAAACGAACACAGAGUGAAUCGGUGCUACAGUACAAGGGGUCUAAGAUUAAUCCCGGAUUCUACAGAAGUGCCAGCGCAGUUGAACCUAAUACAGGGGUGGGUAACUCCUCCGGACCUCCAAGCAGCAGGCAACAGUCCUCUCCACGUGGUCGAGGAAACAUGACUGACUUGGCAUCAAAGUUUGCACAGUCUGAGGAUGCUCUGUACAAAGACUCGGCUGCACAAGAUGACACAAGGGUGUUACUGGAUGUGGAUUUUGGGACCAAGUACCAUCACUUGCAGAAUCUGCUAGACUGGCUUUCUCACUGGGGUGAUAAGAAUCAUUCUCUUGGCCUCCACUGGAAAAGAGAGAAAGACUUGGAAUUCCGGCCUACUAUGAAGAUAAAUGUUCCACCUACUCUAGUCAUACUGGGUCUCUGGUUGGUUGAAAACAAGUACACACCUUCCAAGAAAACCCAUAAGGCAAGUCGUAGUUCUGAGGGACAAAACCUGUCUGUCAUUGAGGAGGACACUGUUAGGACCAAUAGGUCAGAUGUGGAGGCAGCAAUGAUCCAACAGACACAAGUCAAACAGGUCGAGGUACCAACAGGGUCAAUAAGAGUACGAAAGGACAAAGGUCAAAGGUCACCCGUCAGACAGGACCUUGGCAUGUCAUCAAGUAUGAGAAGUUUCUCUUCACAUCACACAGAGAAUGAGUAUGACCUAGAAACAGAGGAGGUGCACACAGCAUAUGAGAGAGUUUUAGAUGGUGACACCAAAGAAGAUAGUAGUUCCCUUGAAGUGAGUUCACUGGGUACAGAUGAAUAUGAACCAGAAAUGCGUCAGACUCUGUCCAUCAUCCGAGGUGCUGGCCCCCAGAGGUCGCGGAAGUCACUCCGACACACCAGUCCUGAUCAUAAUCUGUCCUACCUGAACAGAAUCCACAACUUCCAGUCUCCAGACAGACAUAACCAGCGCUCUCCUAACACCAGUACACCCAAAUCUCAACGGUCCAUGCGACGUACUGGCUCCCCUGGAGCCAGGUCGUCUAAGAGACCUCCCCAGGGAGAACUGGGAGGAGACCUCGCCUCACAGUUACAAGGCAUAGUCAGGUCGGAACUGCGUAGGAUAAUGGAGGUACAACACACCAACAUGCUGGCUAUGAUGGGUGCACUGGAUGACCAGGACUAUUCACAGUCCCCACCCCCUCGGAGAUAUCCUCGUAGGCCACAGUCACAGUCCCCAUCUCGUGGGGAGAGGAGGACAACAGAGAACCGCGCCACAAGCCCUAUUAGAGGGUCAAGGGGUAAUAGUCUUGACCGUAGCACCAUGAGAAUAGAGGAGCUUGAUCGUACAGAAAGGUCAGGAAAGAAGGGGUCAGUCAGAGGAGCCCUAACAGAGUUAAGGAAUUUACAAGGCAGUACUAGUCAGUCCAGGGCGAGGUCUGGGAGUAGGUCACCUACAAGGAAAGAAAACCUGGAUCGGUCAGCCAGAGACAUGUCAGCAUCAAGGUUAGGAGGUCGAGACAGAAAAACUGAAGUUAAAGAAAACAUUAAUGUACAGCAUUCCCAGCAACAUAGCAGUGAACCAAUUCACUUUAUUCCGAAGUUUUUACGUAUUCCAGCUGAGAGGGAUCUGAAUGAGGACCAGGUACGACUCCCAAGGAUUCCCUCUCAGGCCUGGAAGGAGAAGGACGAUGAGUAUGCAGAUAAACCAGCAGAAAACAUCAAUAUUCCCCUCCUCAAUGUGUAUGGAGCACAUGCUCCAUCUAGAUUGUUCCCAGGGGUAAACAGAUUCCCUGGUGAACAGCUUCCCCAUGUAACCUCACAGUACCCACCAUAUGGACCCCCUCCUCAGUACUUUGAGAGUUACAUAGAUCCAGAUCAACAAAAUACUGACCAAUCUAUUGGUAUUCCACUGUUAAAGAUGCCAAAUGAAACAAAACCCUUUCUGGGGCCCCGUCCAGAACCCACCUUUGGAAGGCUAUUGGCUCCACAUCUGAUUCUGGGCAGUGAACAAGAGAGGCACCAACAGGAGAUGGCCAAGCAGAAACAUACCAGGGAAUUUCACAGACAACAGGUUGAGAAUUUGGAAGAGUUAGAUAAACAAAGGUUUGGGGAGAAUCUUCUCCACAUAAAUUUGAAGCACCAGGAACUGAGAGAACGGAAGGAAGAAGAAGCAAAAUCAAGGAAGAAAAAACAGAGAAAUAGAAUAUUGCGGUCUGAAUCUCCAACAGAAUCUGAAUCCAGACGUACUACACCAAGAAAGGUGGUCACACCGAGAGCAGUCACACCAAGAAAGGUGGUCACGCCAAGGAAGACUAUCACCCCUCGUAAUAGGGGCACUGAGGGUGAAGAUGAGGAGGAGAUAGAGGAGGAAGAGAGUACAGAUGUUGUCGAGACUGGUGACGACAUAGAUGAGACCUUAGAAGAGGAGGAUGACUCAGAAAAUAUUCAUGAUGGUUAUGCUUUUAAACCAGGUUCAUUUGAUAACUACCUUGACCUUGAUGAGAAGUUGGGUCCUGAGUCUGACACCAAUGCCAGGAUACAGUACAGAACGGCCAUGAUCCUGAAAAAACAGCGACAGAAACGCAAAAAGGUUGACUUCUCAACCAAUACCACAGAGUAUGCUGAUAUGGGCACAGAUGCUGACGAGGCAUUUGAGAGUGUCAGGACUGCAGAGGCGGCUACCUCUAUCACUAAAGAUACAGGUGUUGACCCGAUCCAGGAGGCUAUAGUAGAGUACAACAGGGCACGACAGGGUACCGCCUUACCCCCAGACAUUUAUAUGGGACUUCGGUUCGGGGAUGGGGAGAACCAACCUAUGUCAGACGUAGCUCCUGAUGGCAAGCAGGGUAAGCCGAAAGGUCGUUCAUACCUCAACGUGGUAGACCUUGAUGCUGCAGCUGUCCUAAAAGAUCUCCGAGCCAUCAGAGAUGAGGAGAAGGUGCAGGAAGAUUUAAGUUUACUUCCAACCUCUGAAACAUUGUCUGCCAGAGGUCGCCAACAGGGUCAGGACUUUGGGAAUCUCGAAUCCUCCCUGAGAGAAGCUCUGGAGCCACGUGCACCAGUCCGGCCCUUCAGACAAGACGCUGUCACUGUCAGUAUGUUCCAGCAGCAUGUUGGUGCAGGUGGAGAAAGGGUGUCUGUGGCAGUGAUGCCACGUGACAGUGUGGUGGACACUCGUGCGGGAAUAAUACAGCGCCUGCGAGAUAUGAACAGCCAGGCACUGGCCAUCGACCAGAUGUCCACUAAAAUUGAAAGGGACUUCCAGACGACACACAUGAUGUUGGACACAUUAGAGAACUUAGUGGAGGCAGAUGAACCCCAGGAGAGGGACAGGAGUCCUUCGCCAUCUGGUAAAGCUAGUGCUAGAUCUGAAAAAGCCAGUUCAAGGAGUCGUAGUCCAGGAUCAAAAGUGUCUCAUCGGUCUCCAGAGGCUACAGCUCGCUCCUCUAGUCGUAGUCCUGGGCCCAAAAUAUCUCAUCGGUCACCAGACGCUACAGCACGCUCAGCAAGGACAACAGCUCGCUCAGAAAGAAGUCAGCGUGGACAAAGCCCUGAUCUGGUUGGUGUGUCCGGUCUCUCUGGAAUCAGUGACAUUAUCGGAGACAUGGUCCAGCGUGGUGAAAUUGACCUGGAGGAUGCGGGAUACACACCUAAAGAGGCAGAGGAGUUUGCCAGGAAGGUCAAACUGAGUGCGAGGAGUGGGCGGUCACCAGACAGGGACCUCCUACAGAAAAGUCUGGAGUUGCUGGAGAAGAUGGGUGACAAGGUGAAGUAUGGAAAAGAAGAAGAGGAUGUGGAAAGGAAGGAAGAAAUCAGAGCCUGGAUGAAGGAGAAACGAUCUACUCGUCAGGAAGAAUACUUACGAAAGCUGGCAGAGCUGCGAGAACGAGAACAUAAACCAUUCAAACCAGGCCAAGAUACCAGCUUUAGGGGUCCUGCAAAUGAAUUGAAAAAGGAUAGGAAAGUAACAGGAAAAGAAAAUAUGGACAGGCGUAUGGAUGAGGCUCAGAGCCUGAUAGCUGACAUCAUUACUGAUAAACCUAAACUCCCAAAACAAGUUUUAACAAGAGAAAUAAGUCCCAAGCGAAGUCGACUGUCCCAGGCUAGAACAGACUACAGUCCCCAACGUAAGACUGUGACUCUGUCUCCAACUCAGUCAAGGAGACAAGUCGGUCCACAAAGACAGCCUGUCCAACAUUCUCCUGACCGCAGGGAGACAAGUCCUAAGAGACAGACAGUUACCAUAACAACAGACAUGCCCACAGAGUACAAGCCAGGGGUAACACAGAGUAGUCGACGUAUAGCGUAUGAUGAUCUCCCAGCCAAUCCUGUCAAGAGACAGGGAAUCAUGAAGCCUGCUAGGGACUACAGUCCUCCUGAGGUCAGACAUAUUCCUCCUGGAGUCCCAAGGCUGCAGCUGAUAGACUCAGGAGAAAUCUUACAUAAAACCAUGGAAACCACAGGUGGUGAGAUAUCUGCCUAUGCCAAGGCUGUUGAGGAAAUGGAGGUGACUAAAAGUGAUGACAUGUUUAUGUCUGAUCGAUUGGUACCUUCUCCUGAACCACAGCAACCUCAGUACAAACCCAAGCCUUUCCACAAGAUGGUGAGGGUUCAGAGGCCGGAGCUGACUAGGAAGUACCGUGAGGCUAAGGUCACACCUGUGGUCACAGAGGCAGACAUCAGAGAUUAUCAGGAUGAUGACCUAACCACAUCCAGAUCUUGGACUGCAUCAAAGGAACUGACCAUAGAGGAAAAACAGAAAAUUUACGGAUCUAAGAGGUUACCUGCUCCUAGUAGAAUCCCUGUUGCAUCUCCAAGAACAGUAAAGACCUAUACAGAGAGGCUGCAGGAGAUGAAGUCCAAACAGCCAGCCUUCACUCAGCCUAUCAUGCCUCGCUCUCACCGACCUGGCGGAGGUUCAGUGAGGAGUUCACAGGUGACCAGUGUCUCCCGGAGGAAGACUGGGCCCCCACACAAGCCACUCAACUAUGUGGAACGGCUACAGAAACUCAGUGAGGGUACUCACAAGCCUAGAGCUGCCACCGGCAGGGUGAAGACUGCCACUUUCAUGAGGUCACACAAGCCUAUCCACAAACCAAAGACAUAUGCAGAACAGCUACAGUCCCUACAACCUAAACCUGUUAAGAAGAUUUCACCAGCAAGAGGUCAGACCCGAAUGCGCCCAUAUGCUGACCCAUACAGAGCAGGAGAGGGAGACUCCGUAUUAAGUGACUGGUCAAUGGACGAUGAUGUCAAACGUUUACUGUACGAGGAUGAUGCUAGCUCAGCAAUGCCUGGGCACUCUGUUGAUCAUCCCAUGUCCCGAAUGUCUGGCAUGGAAUACCCAAUGUCUGAAGGUGUGUCAGACUAUUAUGAUGUGAUUAUGGACAGUAACGAGUAUGUGGAGUCGGUAGACAUUGAUGAAAUUAACAGAAUUGCUUACGCUGCAUCUGUGAGCUCAGGAAGUGUUAUGAGCGUCAUUGAUUGGGACGCCAUUGACAACCUCAUCUCUGAUGUGAAGUAGAGAUGUGAUCACUCGGAGAAACACUGGCUUGUCAUUCUCACCACCCAUGAUGGUUUUACUGAUGGAAACUCAUAUACAAACAUUGACAAUUAUUUAAGAUGUUACUACCCAUAUAAUGAGCUGCAAAUUUAAGAUCUGCAUUAUUGUUAUUAUCAAAGCUAUAUAUGUACAACCUUGGUCAGAUAAGAGAUGAGAUAAUGUUUACCAGGUUGUCAUGGGAUGAUGUUUACCAGGUUGUCAUGGGAUGAUGUUUACCAGGUUGUCAUGGGAUAAUGUUUACCAGGUUGUCAUGGGAUAAUGUUUACCAGGUUGUCAUGGGAUAAUGUUUACCAGAUUGUCAUGGGAUGAUGUUUACCAGGUUGUCAUGUACUUAGGGAGUAUAACUGAGUUUGAUAUCUGACAGCCGACUGCCUACUGGGCAAUGGCAUUAAACUAUCUGUGAUAUAUAAAUAGAUAUACAUAUCAGACCUACUGUAGGAUAUAUAGAUAUAUAGAUAUACCUAUCGGACCUAAUGUAGAAUAAAUAAAUAUACCUAUCAGACCUAAUGUAGAAUGUAUAGAUAUAUAGAUAUACCUAUCAGACCUACUGUAGAAUAUAUAGGUAUACCUAUCAGACCUACUGUAGAAUAUAUAGGUAUACCUAUCAGACCUACUGUAGGAUAUAUAGAUAUACCUAUCAGACCUACUGUAGAAUAUAUAGAUAUAUAGAUAUACCUAUCAGACCUACUGUAGAAUAUAUAGAUAUACCUAUCAGACCUACUGUAGGAUAUAUAGA